GCAUGGGCCGUGGGGCGAGGGAGACAGUGCUGGGCACCCUGGGGAAGGCGACGAUGCUGCGGAUCCCCCCCGAACUCCAGGACCUCACCCUGCGCUUCGGGGCGGCCGUGUGGAAGCGGGACACGGAGGACCCACAGACGAAGCUCAUCCUGCUCAUGUACUCUAAUGGCAACUACACCAACUACAGUCAGGGACGGACUCGCUUCCACAAGCUGGACUUCUCCCUGGAGAUCCUGAACACCAGCCGGCAGGACAGGCAGCUCUACGAGUACAUCGUCAGCGAGGGGCCAGCAGAGAAAAUCUGGCAGAUACAGCUGGAGGUGUAUGAGCCCGUGUCCGAUCCCAGCAUCCAAAUCCUCAGCUGGGCUCUGGCCAACAACAGCUGCACCGUCAUCCUCAACUGCACAGCGGAGCGAGGGGACAACGUCUCCUACAGCUGGGGCAGCCAGGACGCCAGCACCUCGGGGCUCUGCUCGCACAACGGCAGCCUCCUGCACCUCUCCUACGCCCUGGAGAAUGCAAGCAUCGCCUGCGCCUGCACGGCCAGCAACCCUGUCAGCAGCCGGGUCGUCAACUUCGACUCCUCUGAGUGCAGCUACGAGCAAAGGGGUAAGAUAAGGACAGAUCUCCUGCUGAUGGUGGUGGUGCCCAUUGGCCUGGUGAUGGUGUUCACUGGCAUCUUCAUGGCCAUGCGUUUUGCCAUGCCCGCUGCUGGCCGGGAGCCGGAGGAUUCGCCGCUUGCUGAGGACAGGGCAGUGCACACCAUCUACUCCCAAGUGCAGCGAGUGGAG